AGAAAAACAAGAACUAGUAUUGUUAUUUGAUUUUGAUAAGACGAUAAUUGAGUACGAUAGUGAUGAUUGGGUUAUUGAUAAUUUGGGUUUUACCCAACUCUUCAACACCCUUCUUUCUACCAUGCCUUACAACUCUCUUAUGGUGUGAUUUGAGGAUUGUAAGUGAUGCAAACACUUUUUUCAUAGAGACAAUUUUGAAGCAUCAUGGAGUGUUACAUUGUUUCUCUGAAAUCAACACGAAUUCAGCUAUUGUUGAUGAGGAUGGCAGACUCCGAAUUUCGCCAUUUCAUGACUUUAACUCAUCUUCUCAUGGGUGCAACCUUUGUCCUCCCAAUCUUUGCAAGGGGGAAAUCUUUACAAGAAUCCAAGCUUCUUCGUUAGAAAAGCGAUUCAUCUAUGUAGGAGAUGGAAAAAAUGAUUACUGUCCAAGUUUAAAGCUAACAGUAAAAGAUUAUGUGAUGCCAAGGAAGCAUUUUCCUCUGUGGGAUGCAAUCUGCAUCGAUCCUGCACUUAUAAAGGCGUCGAUUCAUGAAUGGGAAGACGGCGAAGAACUUGAGAGGAGCUUGAUUCAGUUAAUUAGUUCUUUAAUGAUCAUGAAAGCAGAUGAAGUUCUUAUAGCAGAAGAAUAUCUUUUUGCUGACUGUAAAUCUGAUCAUGUUGCUGCACCUGAGUCCUUUCAGAAGUCGGUCCCGGUCCCUCAUUAAGUAUGAAUUUAUGAUGUGAAACUCCUUAUCUUUGUGGUUGAAGUUGAAUUUCUGAGUAAUAGCAUGACAACCAUGACUUUGCAGGCAGUGUAUGUAGUCAUAGGUACAUACCUGAUAAUGAAUCAAAGCAGUAAUGGUGAUGUUGCUACUGAAUACCGAAAAUCUAUAGAAGUAUUGAUGUAUGCUUGAUGUCCAACUAAGGUGGUAAUUGGGUUUUUCGGAUUGGGUUAUAGGACUUAUAGCUAGAUUCAGAUCACAUUCAAAAUUUUGAGUCAUUCGAUUCAGUUUGAGUUCAGUUCUAAGUUGAUCGAUGAUAGUUUAGAUUUUUUUCAAAAAGUACCUGUUAAUUAAAACAUACAACCUUUUUCCCUUUAUUUUGGUACCAUUUCAUUUAAUUAUGACAAAUGUUAGCCGACAUACAACCAAAAAGUCAAACUUCAGACCACACGUACAAAUCAAUUGUCCCUGUUAGCUCAUAGACUACCCAAUACACAGCUUUGUGAACUCACUGCUUUUGUCCAAUUAUUAUUAUUAGGUCAUGAUCAGUUACAGUUGAAAUUUCUUGCAAUUUGUAGAC